CUCGACCUUUUUUUUUCUCCCUCUUUUUCUUUUUUUCCCCCCACUGAAGUCUUUCUCCACUGCCAUUAUUCCAGUUUGUGAAUUUCUUGGGUCUGGGGGUGAAGUUUGGUUUCCCCCAGUGUUUGUUUGAACAGCAGCUGAACACCGCGUGAACAUGUAGAAAUGGAUUUUAUGAGGCUUUUCGGCACCGUCAUCGCCGUUUUGCUUCAGCCUGGAUCCGCUUCGAAAAUAAAUGACCAGAAAAUCUGCAGACGCGGGACCGAGCGUCCAUGCUACAAGGUGUCCUACAUCCAGGAAAGCAGGCAUAGGUGGACGUUCGAGGAUGCCAGGCUGUCCUGCAGGUCGGAGGGAGGGGAACUGCUCAGCAUUGAAACAGAGAGCGAGCAGCGGCUGAUAGAGAGCUUCAUAAAAAAGAUGAGGGUUGGAGAUGGGGAUUUCUGGAUCGGGCUCCGACGCAGCCCGCAGCAUCAUAGAAACCCAGGAUGCCCCUCACAGUACUAUUGGGUCGAUGGAAGCAACGCCAAGUACAGGAACUGGAACUGGGACGAACCAUCGUGCGGCACUGAAAUGUGUGUGGUUUUGUACCACCAGCCUACUGCCCCAGCUGAUGAAGAAGGUCAUUUCCUGUUUAAGUGGAAUGAUGAGAACUGCAGCUCCAAGAACAACUUUGUCUGCAAGUACAAGGAAGAGAAACUACCAGUAUUUACAGGCGACAGGUUCAAAGCACAACCAGUUCCAUCCAUGAGGCCAAACAUAUCUACAAAGGGGGAUGAGAUGAUAACUAUGGGAUUACCUGAGUCGUCAGUAUCUUUCUCAGACAACAGCCACUAUGUUUCCUACAUCCUGUAUGCCACUAUUCCUGCUCUGCUGCUGCUGGUGAUGCUGCUAGCAGCCGCUGGGUUCUUCUGCUACCGACACCGUGCGAAAAGGAGGAAGACAGAGACGGAGAGCUUCUCCAGCAGAUCGAAGCAGCUGAUGCCAACAUCGGCGUCUGCUUCCUCCAUACAAGGACCUUACGCCUUUAGUGACAUUACCAAACUGCCUCACACUGCUCUGGACUACAGAACGCAGGCAGAAAUCAUGACAAAGUACUCCUGGCCUCCGUCGCACGACGCCCAGUACGCCGAUUACGAGAACGUGACGUGUUCGGAGAAGGAGACGGGCUUUGUGACCAAUGACAUCUACGAGCCCUCCAGAACAGUCAGUCAGGCUGGAUGGGUGGAAAAUGAGAUCUAUGAGUAAUAUUGUUUAUGUCGAUCUGAGCUCCGGGAGCGUCUGUGAACUUGUAAUAAUUAAAGGAACAUUAUUAGGUAGGAAGGGGAACAUAUACUGGUCUAUAUCCUUUUCUUACUGCAUAUCUUGCUCGUUUAUCUGUGCGGUACGGGAUCACUAAAUAUACAAUUGAGUUGGCCUGGUUUUAUGUGAAUACCUUUUAAAGUGCAAAUUUAUUCCUUGUGUAUAUAUGAGCCAUUCUGAACAUCUCUCUUUUGGUGAGUUAUAACACCUUAUUCAGGAAAUAAUCAUAUAUGUCAAACCUUUUCAAAUAAAUGCUAAUAUUAAUCAAAAA